AUUUUCAGAACAUUUCCUGAUUGAGGUGAUGAGAAGUUGUGCUUAAGAUUUUUAAUAAAACAAGUAUCGUUAUAAAUCUAUAUAUUUUCAAUGGGUGCCACAUUAUGUGCACCGAAAAAGAAAAAAACCCAAGUCGGAGCAUCUUGGGUCGGAAACGAAUCUGAAAAUCCAUUUGACUUAGCCCUCAAUAAAAAAGACCGUACUCUGUUACGUGAAACUUGGCAAAGGCUAGAUGAUCCGAAGGAUAUUGUUGGUCUUAUAUUCUUAGAUAUUGUCAAUGAUAUUGAACCGGACCUCAAGAAAGUGUUUGGCGUGGAUCGGGCUCCGCGAGCCGCGAUGCUGAAAAUGCCGAAAUUCGGAGGGCAUAUUCUAAGAUUCUAUGAGUUCAUGGAGCAGCUCACGUCAAUGCUUGGCACGUCUGAAAAUCUGACGGGUGCAUGGCAAUUGGUACGAAAAACGGGAAGAAGUCAUGUCAGACAAGGUUUCUUGGAACAAAAUCAGAACCAGAUGGAGAAGAACUAUUUCGAAAUUGUUAUAAAUGUAUUUAUCGAGCGAUUAAUUCCAUUUCUGACGGGUGAACAGGAGCUUCCAUCAUCAGAAGGAAAAGAGAACAAAAAAGUGCGAUUUGCUCAAAACUACACCACAUCUCAAAUCACAGACGUCUGGAAGAAGUUCUUAAACACAGUAAUUAGUCAAAUGACUGACUCAUUUGAAUUGGAAAGAGCAAAACAGAAGAGUGCACAAACAACAAAAGCCUUGGCUCCACAUCAACAUAUCGAGAUUUCGGAAAGGAAGAAGAAGAGGGUGGCGGAAAAACAAAGCGAGAUUGAAAAUACGGCAGUUUCAAAUGAACCAAAAGCUCAAGAGCAAAUGUUCGAAGAUCCAUUCUGAAAGUAUAUUUUUAUAGUGAUAUACCAUAUAAAACAUAUUGACACUGAAAAAACACUGAUAAAUAAAACUGAUUAAAUUUAUUGAAUAAAUGAUUUUUUUUU